AUGGAUCACAUCAUAGGCAUCAGGAAUAUAACCGACAAUAAAAUGAAAAUACCCACAUUUGUUAAACUGAAAGCGUGUCUACUGGACCAUGGUCAUAAAAACAAACAGUGCACUGAACAACACCUGAACCUAUUGCUCCGGCAGUCGGAACAGGUAUCUAACGGACCCAUGAAUAUGGCGUGCGGUGACUAUAAUGAGGAGAGCGACCGGUGCGACAAACUGGUCAUACCUAAGCGACAACAGGACGAGCCCCUACCCAAAAGCUUUUUAAUGCCCCUGGUCGAGCUGUUUGAUAGUUUCGAGGAGUAGCUUGAUAAUUAAUUAUUGAAUUUAUAAUUAAUAUUGAUUGUGUAAUGUUAAAG